AUGUUGGGCUCCACAUCUGUUUGCUACAAGCCUACUAGCCCAGGCCAGGUACUGGAAGACACUGUCUUUCUUUACCAGGAUCACCAGUUGUUUGCUGGCAGGCAUGAAGUUUCUCCGCUAACAGCUGAAGCAAUCAAUACUAAAGAAAAAGCUGAGGAGGUGGCAGCCGGUACCGUCCUGCAGCGCCUGAUCCAGGAGCGGCUGAGGUAUGGCAACCCCAGCGAGAACAUGAACCUGCUGGCCAUACAGCACCAGGCGACGGGCAGCGCCGGCCCCUCCAACAGCACUGCCAGCACUCUCUCUUCCGCAGAAAACCUCGUGCCCGAAGAGCCGCCAAUGGUCCAGCCAUCGGGGCGGCAGGAACCGCAGGGGCAGGAGCACCAGGGGGACGGUGCUGCGAUGGAGAAGCAGCCCCGGGCCCCACAGCCCCCGCACGGCACCGAGGAGCUCCCCACAUACGAGGAGGCCAAGGCCCAGUCUCAGUUUUUCCGAGGCCAGACGCCGGCCGCUGCCACCACGCCGGGUUUUUAUGGCGCGUCCAGCCAGAAGUCCAGGACGGAGGGGAGGCCGACGGUGAACCGGGCCAACAGCGGGCAGGCGCAUAAGGACGAGGCGCUGAAGGAGCUGAAGCAGGGCCAUGUCCGCUCGCUGAGCGAGAGGAUCAUGCAGCUCUCGCUGGAGAGGAAUGGGGCCAAGCAGCAUCCCCCGGCCCCGGGGGGCGGGAAGGGCUUCAAGGCGGCCCCGCUGCCCAGCAAGGCCACAGACCCACGGGGGCCGCCUCCCGAAUACCCCUACAAAGGCAAGGCGGCAGCCCCCGUCAGCAAGGCACAGGAGCACGGGCUCUUCUACGGCGAGCAGCCGGCGCAGGAUGUCCUCAAGGUCUCCUACGCUGCCCCGCAGCCCGCCCGGGCAGAGGUGGCCCUCGUCCGCUACCAGCCGCCUCCAGAGUAUGGGGUCAGAGCACAGAGGUUGAGGAAGGCACCUUUUCCCUUGCUGAAGUCAGCUGGACUUCGGAAAGACCAUCGCCAGUUGUGGCUUGGGUGGAUGAAAGAGCUGCCCGCUGUCAGAAAGCCUAGCCCACAAGCAGGUCCACCACCAGCUCGCUUCCUAUCCUUCCCCGAUAUCAGCCUGCCACCAACGCCGACACCGCCAGGCCAGCAGCUGACACCCGACGCCUUUGCCAUUGUGGAGCGGGCGCAGCAGAUGGUGGAGAUGCUCUCCGAGGAGAACCACGUGCUGCGGCAGGAGCUGGAGGGGUACUACGAGAAGGCAGACAAGCUGCAGAAG